AUGGAAGUCUUUGAGACAGAAAAGCAUUAUAUAUUUGUAAAGAAUGGAAAAAGUCUUUGGUGGGAUCGUAGAACGGGUGAAUUUCAAAUCAAAUGUGCAUUUGAUUUUGCGGAAGUAUUUGACAUAGAAUGUAUAGGCAUUACGUAUGGAAUUGUAGGAGAAAUUAAGUUUCCAGGAGUUUAUGAUCCACAUUUGCUGAUUAUUAAGGAAGCAGUUCCAAUUGGCUCUUUAUGUCAAAGUAAUUUGGUUUAUAAGAUUAAAAGUGUCUGCAUAUUAAGUCAAGAUGAGCCAGAUUAUCAACUUAUUCCAUGCUCAAAGCACGCAACAACAUCUUUAAGCAGACCAAAUUCAUCGACACAGUCAAGUCCACAGACAAAGCCUAAAAUAUUUGAUGCCUCGUCUAACUUAAUGAACAAAACAUGGGGAGCAAUGAAAAGUGCUGGAAGUACAAUAAAAAAUACAACACAGCAGGCAGCUAGCAUUGCUACAACGCAAGUUAAAUCUAAAGUAGGAAUUAAGGAACCAUAUAAGAAGCUCGAAAAGAGAAUUAGUGAGGAGAUCCAUAAAGUAUUUGACGAUACAGACUCAUUUUAUUAUUGUCCUACAAUUGACAUUACAAACAAUCUCCAACGAAAAGAAGCUGAAAUACAUGACGAUAGGUUUUUAUGGAACAAACAUAUGUUAUCAGAAAUGUUAAAGCUUGAAGAUCAAUACUGGACGCUUCCUAUAAUUCAAGGCUUCGUACAAGUCGAGCAAUGUGUAAUUGAUAAUGAAUGCUUUACAUUAGCUUUAGUCUCACGUCGAUCACGUUUUAGAGCUGGCACACGAUACAAAAGGCGAGGAAUUGAUGAGGAUGGGCAUGUAGCUAAUUACGUUGAAACUGAACAAAUUUUAUCACUUCGACAGCACCAAAUUUCAUUUACACAAAUUCGUGGAAGCGUUCCUCUUUAUUGGAGUCAGCCAGGCUACAAAUAUCGCCCACCACCAAAAAUAGACAAAGAUGAGGAAGAGACCCAAAAAGCCUUUGCGAAGCACUUUGAUGACGAAUUGGAUAUUUACAAAAACAUCUGCAUUGUGAAUUUAGUUGAGCAAUCUGGAAAGGAGAAAAUUAUCGGUGAUAAAUAUGCGGAACAGAUAAUACGUUACAACAAUGAGAAGUUAAUGUAUGUUACAUUUGAUUUCCAUGAAUAUUGUCGUGGCAUGAGAUUUGAGAAUGUAUCAGCAUUGAUUGAGGCAUUGGCUGUCGAGUUACAUGAUUAUGGCUUUCAUUGGCGUGACACAAAUGGUGCAAUUAAAAAUCAGGCUGGAAUAUUCAGAGUAAAUUGCAUGGACUGUCUCGAUCGUACGAAUGUCGUUCAAACAGCACUAGGAAAGGCAAUUUUGGAGUCACAAUUAGUCAAAUUGGGUCUUGCACCGCCUUAUUCACAGCUUCCUAUUGAAUUGAAAACUAUUUUUAUGACGCUUUAUGCAAAUAAUGGUGAUACAAUUUCAAGACAGUAUGCAGGCACGAAUGCACUAAAAGGUGACUAUACAAGAACUGGCGAAAGGAAGAUAUCAGGAUUGGUUAAGGACGGAAUGAACUCAGCUAAUCGCUACUAUUUGCAACAUUUCGUCGAUUCAUUUCGACAAAGUACAUUAGAUCUGUUGCUUGGGAAUCUCGAAGACAUUAGUGAUAUAACAGCGGAUGACCCAUUUGAGCAAUUUACAAAUAUAGCACAAUCAGUUUUAAUGCCCGACUCUCGGGCACCUACAUAUUUUAAUUAUAGCAGUCCCAUUGGAUGUGAAUUGAAAUUUAUUGGAGAUUCCAUUUAUUUUGCUAGUUAUUAUUUGGCACGAUUUAAGGAUACGUACAGACAGGCAACUAUUGAUUUAAUGCUCGGAAAUCAGAUGUCGAAUGAGUCAUUGAGUGCUCUCGGAGGUCAACAAAUUGCCGACGAAACAGACGCAAUGGAAAAUGCAGAACAUGCACGAAUGCUUGUCGACGAUUGUAGGAAAAUGUUAUUGGGAACAUCCUUAGUUGUCGGUGCAUGGGGUCUUAUUGAUGCUGAUCCCUCGACAGGCGAUGCUAAUGAAACAGAAGUUGAUACAAUUUUAUUGUUAACAAGUAGUGAAUUUUAUGUUGCUGAAUACGACAGUCAAUUAGAUAAAAUUGUUAAAUUUGAAUGUGUUCCACUAAAUAGCGUUACAGUCGUUGAAUUUGGACUGUUUCAACAGCAACAAAUUUUUAAAAAUCCAGCCGCAGCACAUUUGUGCAUUCGCAUAAAUUAUACAAUUGAUAAUGUUGAUGGAUAUUUCUACAUGUUCCGGUCCGCGAAUAUUAGAUUCUUUAACAAUACAGCAGUUGUUAUUAAAAAGAAUGAGGAACUUAUUGAAUCCAUGACUGCAAUUGUUGAAGUUUUCCGCAUCUCGUUAGAAAGUAUUGGCAAGGAUGUUCCAUUUAUAUCCGGUGGUUCCUUACAAAGACGUAAGAGUAGGAAUAUGUUACAGCCACCAACAGGACUUCCAAGAAAUUUAAGUGAAUCUCAACUCGUACAGCUUGGAUCAAAAGCUUUAAGUAAUGUUGCAGGACAGUUCUCAAAACUAGGACAAAGCUUUAAUCCUGCAAAAGGCAAGAAUAAUAAGCAGAAUGCAAAUCCACCUGUUGUUUACAAUUCAACAAAUACAGAAAGUAAAGCUAGUUCGUUUUAUGUUGGACGUGAAGCUAAGGAAGACUAUGAUUCCGAUGAAGACAAUGACUGUUCAAUUUAUGAGCCAGAAAUGGUUGAAACAGAACAAAAUCCUAUUUUUAAUGAAAACGCUUUUUUGCCAAGUGUUGGAAUUGUUAUGUCCAAUCCAACACAUGAUGAUAGCUCCCCAGAUAUGCUUCAAAAUAAAUUAAAUGCCAGACAUCCAUCGAACAUGGCAACAAUCUCCAUAACAAGUGUGACUGAUCAUAUUCACGUUCCAGCAGCAAUGCAACCAUUAUCUCCAAUGAUGAGUCCAAUGAAAACUUUAGCACCAGAAAUUAAGAUUGACAACAGCUCAAAUUUGACACCAAGAAACGAAAUGAGCUUAAAUUUAACGGGAUCACAAAGUGAAAAUGCAAUAAAACAAUUAAAGACACUCACAAGUCCAUUGACUAUGAUUGCUAAGAGUGUACAAAGCUUAGGGCUAGCUUCCAAGUCCCAGACACAACUGAGUGAGAUGAUUGCCAGUGACAUAAACUCCAAGAAGCUCGAAGAAAAGUUCGCUGAAGGAAAAUGCAAAUCCAAAUUAAUUGCAUUGUAA